AUGCAUCUCAUGUAUACGCUGGACGAGCACGGUAACCGGUUAUAUACACUCAAAAAAAUUACAGACGAUGGUAAAAUUACCAAGUCUGCUCACCCAGCUCGUUUUUCUCCCGAUGAUAAAUUCUCACGUCACCGGGUGACUAUCAAGAAACGCUACGGCAUCCUUUUGACCCAACUGCCCGCGAAGCCGAUGUGAAGGCUUUCGAGCAAGAGGCGAAGUGCUGAGAUGAGUAGAGCGCGACCGUGGAGCGAUCUCGUGUGCUUCGCUGUAUGCCUUCGUAUACCAUCUGUGCUUCUUUCAGUCAAUUGUCGGAGUGGGGCUAGCGACCUUACAACGAGAAAUAUUAGAGAUUGAACGCUGCCAAUCCAGCCAUAGUCCUCUAGAGCUUCAGGCUUCAAAGCUCAGACUUAGUCAUUCCUGCUACU